GUCACUGGAUUGUAAGUACCCGAGGCGAAGAGAGCUCACUACGCCCCGCGUUUUGAAUAUCUUUGUUCCGGGAGAGUUUGUGGUUUGGGCGUAUCUGCUGAGCCUUACUUUCUGUGCUGAAAAUCCGUAGGAGCUGCCAUUUGCUUUCUCUGCAUUGUUCUGCAGCGGCAUCUAGAGGUUGAAACUUGGCGUUGCAGCUAAUAGAUUUAAAUGAACAUAACUGAAUAAGACAAUGCAUCAGUAACAACUGGUGUUCAGUCACGGCGAUUUCAAAAAGACUUGGGGCUUAAUUAAAAACAUAUUUAGCUGAUGGUCUACCUAGAACUCUUUGUAAUUAAGGAUUCAAGUUUAUACAGAACUGGUCUUUCUGGUGAAGUACCUGGAACUUUUUAGUGCAACAAGUGGUUAUUAAAGAAAAAGUGAAUUACAAAGAAAUAAAAAUGAGUAAGAGCAAAGAUGAUGCUCCUCAUGAACUAGAAAGCCAGUUUAUCUUACGCCUACCCCCGGAGUAUGCCUCUACUGUGAGGCGGGCGGUACAGUCCGGCCAUGUCAACUUGAAGGACAGACUAUCAAUUGAGUUACACCCUGAUGGGCGUCAUGGAAUUGUCAGAGUGGACCGAGUCCCUUUGGCCGCAAAGUUGGUAGACCUGCCGUGUGUUAUGGAGAGUUUGAAAACCAUUGAUAAAAAAACCUUUUACAAGACAGCUGAUGUCUGUCAGAUGCUUGUCUCUACAGUUGAUGGUGAUCUCUAUCCUCCUGUGGAGGAACCAGUUGCUACUGCUGAUCCCAAAGCAAGCAAAAAGAAGGAUAAGGACAAAGAGAAAAAAUUUGUUUGGAACCAUGGAAUUACUCUGCCUCUGAAAAAUGUGAGAAAGAGAAGAUUCCGUAAGACAGCAAAGAAAAAGUAUAUUGAGUCUCCAGAUGUGGAAAAAGAAGUAAAGCGGUUGCUGAGCACAGAUGCUGAAGCUGUCAGUACCCGCUGGGAAAUAAUUGCUGAAGAUGAGACAAAAGAAACAGAAAAUCAAGGUCUUGAUAUCUCUUCCCCAGGAAUGUCUGGCCACAGGCAGGGCCAUGACUCCUUAGAACAUGAUGAGCUUCGGGAGAUAUUCAAUGACCUCAGCAGCAGCAGUGAAGAUGAAGAUGAGACACAGCAUCAAGAUGAAGAAGAUAUAAACAUCAUAGACACUGAAGAAGAUCUGGAAAGGCAGCUACAGGACAAACUAAAUGAAUCAGAUGAACAGCACCAAGAAAACGAGGGAACCAAUCAGCUGGUUAUGGGAAUUCAGAAACAGAUUGAUAACAUGAAAGGCAAGCUCCAAGAGACCCAGGACAGAGCAAAGAGACAGGAGGAUCUCAUCAUGAAAGUGGAAAACCUGGCUCUCAAGAACAGAUUUCAGGCUGUGCUGGAUGAACUGAAACAAAAGGAAGACCGGGAAAAGGAGCAGCUCAGCUCUUUGCAAGAAGAGCUAGAAUCACUCCUAGAGAAGUGAGGAGUGGUUUCAUACUUAAUUUCAUUACUGUGAGAGGUCAGCAUUGAAAGAGAAAAUUUUUUUUGUUUUCAUUGCUUGUAAAACUUUGCAGUUCGCAGUUUCUUCCACUGUCUUCUAUUGGAUUUGUCUUGUAGACAAAUGUGAAUUUCUAUCUCAUUUGUUUUUUGGAACCACUUUGCUAGGUGUUUAUCCCGUAGGAAGUAGGAAUGUAUAGACAGAUAAAUGUAGAGAAGUUGUAGGAUUAGUGGAGUGAAAAGUUCAACUUUGUUAUUAAUCACAGCUUCAUUGCAGGACUUUGUGGCUGU